UGACAUAAUUGAUGAAUGAAUUGUUGUUUGAGUUCUCCAUUAAAUUGAUGUCACGUUUUGAAAGUGAAAACAAUAAGCGAUUGAAUUGUUUUUUGAUUGAAAACAAUCAUUGAUUUAAUGCAAGAAUUGAUUUGACUUUGAGAUCAAUUGAUCAACAAAUUGAUGACAAUGUCGGACGCGGAGGACGACUUCAUGGACGAUGAAAAUGAAGAAGACUACGAUCUGGAGUAUUCAGAGGACAGCAAUUCAGAACCAGAUGUAGAUCUGGAGAACCAAUACUACAACUCGAAGUCACAGAAAGAAGAAGAUCCCAAGGGUUCACUCCAUAGCUUUCAGAAAGUACUAGACUUAGAGGCCACCGGAGGAGAGAAGAAUGAGUGGGGAUUCAAAGCACUGAAACAAAUGAUCAAAAUUAACUUCAAACUGAGCAAUUACGCAGAAAUGAUGAUCAGAUAUAAACAACUGUUAACUUACAUCAAGAAUGCUGUCACAAGAAAUUACUCGGAAAAGUCAAUCAACUCUAUUCUGGACUAUAUUUCCACUUCAAAACAGAUGGAACUGUUGCAAGAAUUCUACGAAACAACUUUAGAUGCAUUAAAAGACGCGAAGAAUGAUAGACUUUGGUUUAAGACAAAUACAAAAUUAGGUAAAUUAUAUUAUGACAGAAAUGAGUUCAACAAAUUGUCGAAAAUAUUGAAACAAUUGCAUCAAUCGUGUCAAACGGAUGAGGGAACUGAUGAUCUUAAAAAAGGUACUCAACUUCUUGAGAUUUAUGCUCUGGAGAUUCAGAUGUAUACGCAACAGAAGAAUAAUAAGAAACUUAAGAAACUUUAUGAACAAUCACUUCAUAUAAAGUCUGCAAUUCCUCACCCGUUAAUUAUGGGAGUCAUUAGAGAAUGCGGUGGAAAAAUGCAUUUAAGAGAAGGAGAGUACGAGAAGGCACACACAGACUUCUUUGAGGCCUUUAAGAACUAUGACGAGUCAGGAAGUCCACGAAGAACUACUUGUCUUAAAUAUCUGGUUUUGGCAAAUAUGUUAAUGAAGUCUGGGAUCAAUCCAUUUGAUUCACAAGAAGCCAAACCAUAUAAAAAUGAUUCAGAAAUUCUUGCAAUGACUAAUCUGGUCAGUGCUUAUCAAAACAAUGAUAUUAACGACUUUGAGAAGAUUUUGAGGACCAAUAGGAGGACUAUUAUGGACGACCCCUUUAUUAAGGAACAUAUUGAAGAUUUAUUGCGAAAUAUACGAACACAGGUUCUCAUUAAACUAAUUAAACCCUACACUAGAAUCCAAAUUCCGUUUAUUUCAAAGGAAUUAAAUAUAGAUGUGAGUGAAGUCGAAAAUCUAUUAGUUUCCUGUAUUCUUGAUAAUACAAUUGAGGGACGGAUAGAUCAAGUAAACCAAGUGCUUGAACUCAACCGAAGUACUAACAGUGCUGCCCGUUAUAAUGCUUUAGAUAAAUGGACGACUCAGUUGUCAUCACUUCAUUCAACAAUUGUUAAUAAGAUGGCUUAA